AUGUACCCAGUGGAACGGGCGAGCUGGCAAUUGAAGGGAGCUGUCAGGCGGGCAGGCGGACCAACUGGUGACGGACGGGUGGGUCAGCAAGUGUUGCCUCGUGCUGCUCCAUUCUUGCUUGCAUUGUUUGGGUUCAGAGAUGGAGAAGAAUUAUGUUUUGCUUUCGGCAAAUCUUAUCGUCGAAGAGAGAAGAUAGCAGGAAAGUGA